AUGGCCCAGGAGGCCGGCGAGGCGGCCGCGGAGGGGGAGCUGGGAGAUGACAGCCUGUCUGUGAUAACCUGUGAAUCGGAUACAGAAAUGAAUUUAAAGAAGAAAAUUUUUCACAAGCCUCCAAAGUCACCAAAGUCUCCAUACAGCUCUAGCACGCAACUGUAUCCUAAAAAAGCUGCAGUUUGGCGAUCUGUGCAGGGAACAGGCAGUGCACGUCUUGAGAGUGCAGCUGUAAAAAACCCAAGACAGAUGUGGCUGGGAUCACUAAAACAAGGAAUGAACCGUCCUCUGAAAUCAGACGUUGACAUGGGGUAUACGCGAACUAACAUUUCUAGUAGCACUCCAGAAUAUUUGAAGGAAGCUCUAGGAAUGAAGAAGCCAAAGCAUUCUCGUUCUAGUAAUGGCUACAUUCCCGGAACUCCUGACUACAAAGAAAAAGAAGAUAUGUAUGAUGAAAUUAUAGAACUGAAAAAGACAAUACAAGCUCAGAAAAAUGAGGGAGAUCGAAUGAAAACUAAGCUCCGUCGACUAGAAGAAGAGAACAAUAGAAAGAAUAAACAGAUUGAACAACUGUUGGAUCCUUCCAGGGGCUCAGAGCUGGCACGAGCUUUGUCAGAAAAGACAACUGAUAAUGGAUGGGUGGCUAGUGGAUUAAAGCAGAAGAUUCUCAAGCUAGAAGCACAGUGCAAGGAGAAAGACAACACUAUUAACAAAUUCCAGGCAGACAUGAAGACCACUAAUUUGGAAGAAAUGAGGAUAACGAUGGAAACCUACUAUGAAGAGGUUCAUCGUCUCCAACUCCUCCUGGCAAAAUCUGAGAGUAUGAGGAAAAAGACAGAGGGCAGAGAUACCCAAAAACGAUUAAAAGCACUGAAUGCUGCUGUCCUGAGAUUAUCCAGGAACAUCGAGGAAUUGCAGAAUGAGAAUCGAAGGCUGAAAGAAGACCUAGAUCAUGUACUGAGCAGUUCUCCUUCUCCUUCCAAUAAAACAAAAAAUUAUAGUGAGUGGAGCAGACAGAGGCUGGUGAGGCGGAUUUUGGAACUAGAAAAAAAAGUGUGUGCCUUGGAGAACACCAGAGUGUCAUCAGCAGAUAGUGAGCCAUCACAGUUACCUGCCGUGCCAUCUUCGCCUUCAGUAGACCUGGAUCAUCCAGCCUCUCAACUGGUAGACCCUGUUGAGGAAUGUCAUCGCCUUCAAGGGCUAGUGAAGAAACUGAAGAGUGAUAGGAAGGCACUUCAAAAUCUUCUACUCAAUAAAGAAUUAGAUAUGAAGCAGUUACUGCAGGCUAAGGCUGAAGUGGAGCUGGAGCUGCAGAAGUGGCAGAAUAAGAUGGAAGAAAAGAGUAGAGAAGAGCAGACUUUAAGUGAGGAAAUCCAGAACCUGACACAGAAAGUAGGAAAAUUGGAGUCAAAAUUGGAGGAAGAGAAGAGACAAAUGGCAGAAGAUACAAUGGAGCAGCUUAAUAAGUCUUCACCAGUGUGCACGGUUAAAGGCAAAGAAGAUCACAGGAAGGAACAAGCAGCCAAAAUCAUCCAGAGACACUGGAAGAGGUACCAAAAGAAGAAAGAAGAAAUUGCUCUGGAAGAGGCAGUUGUUACACUUCAGGCAGCUUUCAGAGGACAUUUAGCUCGGCAGAAACUGUUACUGAGUAAUGGGAUGCAUGAAGCAAAAUCUCACAAGAACUCCUGCAUGUCUUCCAUGUCAGACUCCUUGAGCUUGUCUUCUGAUUGCAAGGAGAACGAUGAAAUUGUGACACUCAUCCAGUCCAUUUUCAGGGCUCACUUAGCACGUACAGGACUGCUUGAGGAGAGGACUUCUGUGUCCAGUGCACCAAGUGAGAAAGCAGAUUCUGCAGUUUACAUUACAGAGAAGAAACUGGUCUCAGCAGCAUGCCAGAGACAACCUUCAAUCUUCAUGUCAUCUCUUCCUGUCAUUAUUGCCAGGUCCUGUGAGAAGCAAUCGCAGCCAACUCCCUCCCUGUCUGUGGAUGACGCUCACUCAGACGAUUCAGAUGAUAUUGUCAUUGUCUCUCCGUUGUUGCAGAUGAAGAAACACUACACCCACUUUUAA